AGCAUCUUUAGUGAUCAAUCAGUUCAAUCAGAUUCAGAAGGAAAUUGUACGGAAUUUGCAACGUGAACAAACAUGGACAGCGAUCGGAUAGAAACGCUGUACAAAAACUACGAAAUACUGAGCGACGCUAAGGAAAAAAUCGCCGAGCAUGAAGCCGAGUACCGGGAGAUUCUCGAUGCGGUGAAGGGUUCCGCCAAGGAGAAACGUCUGGCAUCGCAGUUCAUCGGCAAGUUCUUCAAGUACUUCCCCAGUCUGGCCGAGCUCGCCAUCAACAGUCAACUCGACCUGUGCGAAGAUGAAGACACACAGAUCCGACGCCAGGCCAUCAAAGAUUUGCCCCAGUUGUGCCGGGAAAACACCGAUCACACGCCAAGAAUUGCCGACAUUUUGGCUCAACUGCUGGUCACCGAAGACGCUGCCGAGCUACAGCAGGCUCACCAGUCGCUCGUAACGCUGGCAAAGUACGACGCCGUGGGAAUGCUUACCGGCAUCUUUAGCCAGAUCGUGGACGGUGAUGAAACAACCCGGUUCCGUAACUUUCAGUUCGUCAACAACAAGGUCAUGAAGUUGGGCCCCGAAGUCAUCACGAAAUUGGUCGAAGAUUUUAUCAUUUCUGAAAUCAAAAAGAUAUCACAGGAUGUGACCGCCGAAGAGUUUCACCUGUGCAUGGUCAUUCUCAGCCAAACGAAGCUAAGUAAAACGCUGCCCGGGCAUGUGGAGCUCGUCAAUAUUGCAGCCGAACAGGCAGACCUGAAAAGUGACCCCGGCGUGCUUGCGUCCGACGAUGAGACUGUCGAGCGAUUUAUUCAAUGCGCGACCGAAGCUCUGCCGUAUUUCUCGUCACAAGUGGAAGCAACGCCGUUCGUCAAAUUUAUGUGCGAGAAGUUCUUGCAACCGAACGUGUGGAGUCUGAUCGGGGCGACCGACGAGCAUCACCAAACCCAACUGCGGUUGCUGAAGGUGUUUGCCGAGAUGUGCGGUUUUUGCGGGACGCUCGAGAAAGCCACCGAAAAAGUGCAAGCGAUUUACGACGUGUUGCUGGAGUACAUGCCGACACCGCCACAGGAUGCCGAUUUGAAUGACACACCAUCGUUCCAGUUCUCGCAUGCCGAGUGUCUACUGUACGCCCUGCACACACUCGGUAAGCAAGCGAUCGACUUCCUUACCUUCCCGGAAGAUCAGGCAAAGUUGAAGGAUUUCCGCUCACGGCUGCAAUAUCUGGCCCGCGGUACUCAAGGAUACAUUAAAAAGCUGCAGGAAGCGGUCAAGGGGAAGACGGCCGAAGAAAUGAAGUCGGACGAGAAUCAAAUCAAAGUUACGGCCCUCAAGACCACUUCCAACAUUAGCACACUGAUCCGUGACCUGUUCCACUCGCCGCCCAGUUUCAAAUCGAACAUACAACUGUCCUGGGUUGUGCCGAAGGGAAAGAAAGUGGUAAGCCAAGCAAACGCUGGGUUGCAAUUGACUCAUCGGUCAUGCGGUUUCAACGACUCAUAUGCUUCUUUCGUCUUGCAGCAACAGGAAAACACGAAGGCAGGCACCAAGCGGCAUGCGCCCAUUACCUUCGACAGUAAUGGUAAGGCCUCGGGAGGGUCGACGGCGGGUGGUGACUCGAAAGGCGCUAAGCAAUCAAAGCAGAGCUCGGGAUUGCAGAAAAUGUACACCCCGCCGUCGGGCAAGUACUCUGCCAAGAUUCAGAGCAACUAUCAGUCAAAGAAUGGUAGUGGCCGCCGUUCAUCUGGCGGGGGCGGUGGUCGAGGUGGUGGUGGCGGUGGCAGCCGUUACAACGUGGGAAAAAGGAAGUAUUAGUGGAGUAUUAGUGGUGGACAAUGAGCAUCCUACACCGAGGUCACGGAGUCGGAUUGAGAGUACGAACAGCUGAUUCACCACCCGUCCUUGCAUCUUUCAUACACAUUUUCGAGUUCUCUUUCAUCCCUACUUUUAUCGUUUCUCUUCACUUGGUCAGCAUACUGACCCACGUAAUGAAGCCUACGGAUUUUAAUAAGGAUGACGGGUAACUUUAUCCGUUUUUGUUUGGACUCUCUUGGAAGUUUUGUAUUAACUUGCAGCAAAGAGACUGUUUAUGUUCCAAUGUUACAUUCAAGUUCCAAUUUCUCUAGCUGAUAGUAAAAGCUCCUUCAUAUUUUGAAACAACGCGACGCUACGCUCCUGGUUCCGUAGCUUAUACAGUUGUUUCUUUUCAUUUAUCAAUAAAAUAGAUAAAUGUGCACAUGGACCAUUUUAUCACACUUUUAACAGUGUGGAAGAGGAACUGUGAAUUUUGGUCACAUUUCCUGCAUAGCUGGAACAACCAUCUUAACGCUUGAAACAUGACGAGUAAUGAAUUAUCUUCAUCCAUGUUCAAAAGGUUUUUCUUUUUUCGUUAAUUUUACAAAAGAUCUUUCAAUGUAUAAAUACGGCCCGGUCCGUUCCUCUAAGAUUAAAAAAAAAAAAAAAAAAAUCUUUCAAUGUCUUACCUCGUGCCCUGUUCCCAAGUAUUUCGUGAACCAUUUUGAUAUGCGCGCGUCAAUUGUCACGCAAACUUACUAUGAUUUUCGAUUUGUAAAUUAUUAUCACAACAUACCUCAAAACAUAAUCAUCGCUGUUCGUACUUCUCGAAUCCGGCUGUUCCGUUAGACGAUGAUCGAUGGCUGAAAUCUGCGAAGCUCGCUGCACCUGCAACACCCCACCACCGUAUUCCGCAUUCGAAUGCUGAUUGAUGAUGCCCGUUUGCAGAACCUUGCAAAAAGUGAGCCAACCAUGUUCCGUUUCUCUGUGUAAGUGUGUAGUGCCGAUCGACCGAAGAUUUUCUGAUGCAAACAGGACCGGAAGUGUCUCUUUUCUCUUUGCGCGUUUCUGUCAGGAACGUUCGCCAGUUGAUUCGAUUGCCAAGAGUCGAGCUUACUUCGAUGAUUGUUGCGUAUUGAAUACUUCUCAGUGGUUCGUUUAUUUUUCUUAGCAAUUCGGAAUUGUAAUCUAAACAAGCGUUGUGAACAUUACUUGGCAAUCUAGGAGCUAUGUAACAUGCACAACAUUUUAGACUUUUCAAUGUUUUUGCUUGGUUCCUUUACUCUCUAUUUUUAAAGGUCUUCGUACCCUAAUCUAGUUGUCAAAUCGUUUUCGAACGGUGUGACUUAUAAAUUAUUUCUCCUGUUUCUGCAAGCACCUUGUGGAACUCUAUUCCCUCUGUAAACUCCAAUGUCCUCGAGAAGGCACCACAACCUAAAGGUGACAUUCAAGAUGAAUUUUUAGCUUGUCGGGUUGCUUCGACCAGCGAGAAUGUAGAUUUGCUUCUUUGCAAGUACAAAUCGCAAAACAAACGUGUUCCCUUGCUCACAAUCUGAUUUGCAAAUGGAACCACCCGUAACUGCAAAGUAAAUUUGCUGUUCUUUCUACAGAUUUUCAACCUUAUAACACUGGACAACAACU